AUCUGGAGAGCUUCCUUCUCCCCAAAGCGCCUGCCCUCAUUCCUUAUAUCUCCACGUUUGUUGCACCGAAAGAAAUCGUCCGGGACUAUGCAAAGCUUGGCCAACAACGCGCACACUGCUACACUGCGAGAUCCCCCCCCUGUAACCCGCCUUUGACGUAACCAGCCCCGGCAACGGCAACAACCCCGCCGACUGGCCCAAACGAGCGCGCUCCCGGCGCUUUUCGAGCACGCCCUCGACAAAGCCGGUUCCCAUUGUGGGAAGACUUCUGGGAGAGAUAGCGGCGCCCGUUCGCUCCGAGAUCAUCAUUGUCGCUCCAGCUUCGCGCAGCUCCCAGAAUCUCGCCCACGAUGACACAAGCGCCCAUGAUCUCGGUGCCUCUCAAGGCAACCAACGAGAUCGACUGGAUCACUCCGUUGAAGGCCUACAUUCAGAAUACGUACGGCGACGACCCCGAGCGAUAUGCUGAAGAGUGUGCCACCCUCAACCAGCUGCGGCAGGAUAUGCGGGGGGCCGGGAAGGACAGCACAGCUGGGAGGGACCUCUUGUACCGAUACUACGGCCAGCUUGAGCUCUUGGACCUGCGUUUCCCUGUCGAUGAGCAGCAUAUCAGGGUGUCCUUCACCUGGUUCGAUGCCUUCACGCACAAGGCCACGUCGCAGUUCUCGCUAGCGUUCGAGAAAGCCUCCAUCAUCUUCAACAUUUCGGCCGUUCUCUCCUGUCAUGCGGCCAACCAGACACGGAGCGAAGAGUCGGGCCUCAAGCAGGCAUACCACUCCUUCCAGGCCGCGGCCGGAAUGUUCACCUACAUCAACGAGAACUUUCUCCACGCCCCGUCCGCCGACCUGAGCAGGGACACCAUAAAGUCACUCAUCAACAUCAUGCUGGCACAGGCACAAGAAGUUUUUCUCGAAAAGCAAAUUGCCGAUCAGAAGAAGAUUGGCCUGCUGGCAAAGCUGGCUAGCCAAGCUGCUACCCUGUAUGGUCAGGCGCUCGAGGGCGUCCAGGAAAACGUCACCAAGGCGGUAUUCGAGAAAGUUUGGCUGCUCACGGUGCUGACCAAGUUCAACCUAAUGACCUCACUUGCACAAUACUACCAGGCGCUUGCCGACGAUGACGCAAAUUCGCAUGGCAUGGCCGUCGCCCGUCUACAAGUGGCUGAGAGCCAUGCCCGGGAAGCACACAAAACGGCCAACAACUUUCCGGGCACGGUACCGCCUAGCUCAAAUCUAACUGCCGAAAGUGGCGUUGCCCUCGCCGAGAUCACCAAGCGGCACCUGGUAGCGGUCCAGCAGAAACUCAAGGAGCUAACAAAGGACAAUGACUUUAUCUAUCACCAGCCGGUGCCUGAUGCGUCCGGAGUGCCGGCUGUCGCAAAACUACCGGCCGCAAAGCCCAUCCCGGUUAGCGAGCUUUACGCGGGACAAGAUAUUCAACGGAUCACCGGCCCCGAUUUAUUUGCCAAGAUUGUGCCCUUAUCCGUUACCGAAUCAGCAAGCUUGUACGACGAGGAGAAAGCGAAGCUUGUCAGAGCCGAGACAGAGAGGGUAGACGCCGCAAACAGCGAGAUGGCGGCUAGCCUAGACUACUUGAGGCUGCCCGGGGCCUUGCAGGUUCUUAAAGGCGGUUUUGACCAGGACAUUGUUCCUGACGAGGAUUUUAGGACAUGGUGUGCAGACGUUGCCGACCACGAAGAUCCCUCCAAGAUCUUCGAAUAUUUACAUACACAAAGGCAGUCAAUAGUUGCGACGCUGGAGAGGAGCAGCAAGCAGCUGGACAUGGAGGAAAGCGUGUGCGAGAAGAUGAGGUCCAAAUACGAAUCGGAAUGGACCCAACAGCCCAGCUCGCGCCUGACCACCACGCUGAGAAGCGACAUACGGACCUACCGGGAAGCGUUGGAAGAGGCUGGGAGAAGCGACGGUCAGCUGGCGACGAAGUUGCGGCAGAACGAAACCGAGUUCGACGAGAUGCGCGCUGCGGCCGAGAAUGGCGAGGUCGAUGCUCUAUUUCAGCGAGCCGUGAAGAGAAUGCGGAAAUCCAGCAGUACCAACAGUCCCUCCUCGGAACCAAACUUGCUGGAUGCCGACUUUGAUGACGGCGGGCCCAGUGUUGUUGACCAGAUUGCCAAGGUGGAGGAUAUUCUGAAGAAGCUGAACCUUAUCAAGAAAGAGCGGAUCCAAGUGCUCAAGGAUCUGAAGGAGAAGAUCCUGAUCCUGAACAAAAAAUCCAUCGCCAACUAUGAACAGCAGUUGUUUCAGCAGGAGCUCGAGAAAUACCGGCCAUACCAGAACCGCCUGGUUCAGGCGACCCACAAACAGGCAGCCUUGAUGCGGGAGCUGACUGUAGCGUUCAACAGCCUUCUACAAGACAAGAGGGUCCGCGCGGAGCAGAGCAAGUACGAGUCGUUCCAGCGGCAGAGAAGCGCGGUGAUCAGCAGGUACAAGCGCGCAUACCAGGAGUUUCUGGACUUAGAAGCUGGCCUCCAAAGCGCAAAAACCUGGUACAAGGAGAUGAAGGAGACGGUUGAGAGUUUGGGGCAGAACGUCGAGACCUUUGUCAACAACCGGCGGGCCGAAGGCGCCCAACUUCUCAACCAGAUCGAGCAAGACCGCGCCGCGAGCAAGAGUGCGCAAGCUGCACUGGAGCAGGAACGGUUAAAGAACUUAAUGGAGCGCAUGUCAUUGGACCCACCACCAACUUCCCCCCCUACUACCUCUUCGCGGCCAACCCCCGCUCCUCUAUCCUUCAGCCCGGGACCGGUGUAUCCCAAGACAAGCUAUUCGGGGCAGUAUCAACUCCCCAGCUCGCCCCCGCCGACGCAAACAACCGCACCACAGUCCUACAUGCCGCAGUCAGGGGGCCAACCUUUCACAUACAAUCCCAGCUCGCACGGCCGCAUUCCCGGCCCAGCCUCCCCGCCACCGUCCCAGUCAACUUUCAAUAUUGGUCCUGUGCGGCAGGGCCCGGCAUCACCGCCCCCAACGCAGACGUCGUUCUCCCAGCCGACGAGGUACAGCACUUAUGGAAAUCCAGCCACCAUGCAGCAAUCACAACCACAACAGCAGCACCCUCACGCGAGUUAUAUUCCGCCCAAUUUUGUUCCGCCUCCGCCUCCACCGGGGCCACCGCCUCUCGGGCCGCAGCAGACGGUGCACUAUGGAUCGGAGCACUAUAGCGGGGAUCCGAACGCAGUGAGGCCCGGGUCUGCGCAGCAGCAUCUUCAUGGGCAAACACAGAGUCAGGGACAGCACGAUCCAUGGGCAGGUCUGAGUGCUUGGAAAUGAGGUAGAUGGCAUCUCACUAAGGCUGUGAGGGCUACUGGGGGAGGCAGUUGGAAGAAGUAAUGAGGCAGAAGCAAUCUGGUCCGGAAGAGACGGGGGGGACGAACGGGCGAAGGGUGUUGGAUGAGCGCCGAGCUGAAUGUUGUGCCAUGUUCCGCAUACAUUGUGUGGGCAUUGGUGUUAGAGAAAAUCAGCAGGAGAAUAUGAGCAUAAAGCAAGGGACAGAGUACGUAUGGAUAUGUAUAUCCAAUGAACUCAAUGCUCGCUCUCUUGCUCACAAGCCUGUUCGGGAGAAGUAUUCGUUCCUUGUGGUUAUCUUCUUCGCUCUCUACAAUCGGUUGAUUCGAGAUGCUGGCAGCGGAUGCUCCUUCAACCAAUCCGUUUUCUCUCUUCUCAGCCCGUUUGAUGCCGGUAACUGGCGGGUGUGGGCCAUCAGUGUGAGGAUUACGGAAGUUGUGAUCAGAUGGGUGCUGAGGAGUGGUAAAUUGUCAUAAAAUGUCCUUUGUUCAUCCCUUUAUGACUUCAACUUUUCCCUCUCGUCUAGCACAUACGACCAUAUCCACAAGACAAUUCGGGAUCC